AUGGUCAGACCUUUCGAGAUGAUUGGUGACAUCAAUAACCGAAAAGAGCUGUGGAAGCUCUCCGUUAAGAUACAUCAUAAAUGGAAAGUGUCGAUGACUAACAAGAAACAUUUUGAUAUAGUGGUGGUAGACAAACAAGGCCAUGACAUUCAUGUGGUUGUUUCAAUUAUAUUUAGGCAAACAUUUGACUUUGUUUUAUCCGUUAACUUGAUGUGCAUGAGGUCAAACUUUCAAGUAGUGCCAAAUGACUUGACGUUCAUACCUACAAACCACAAAUAUAUUUUGAAGUUCACUAGUGGAAGCACCAUAGGAGAUAUCGACAAACACGACAUCCGUGAUAAGAUGACCAACUUGACCCCAUUUGCUGAUAUCAUUUUGAGAAAAUGGCACAAGCAUCUCCUAACUGACAUCAUCGGGGUUGUUGAUGAAAUUGGAUACUCCCAGUCGCAAAUGGGUGGGAAGAAACCACAAAUUAACUUGGUCUUGAGAGAUUUGGAGUAUGUUUCUUAA